UUUAACAACUGAAAGAACCUCUUGCGUUCAGCCGAUUCGUUCCCGGGCUGCAGCCUCCUUCCCACCGCUGCAAACCCCUUCUUGAAUUCCUCUGCACGUUGCUGCUGCUGGGGCAGAUGGAAAUUUCUGUGCAAGCGCCUUUCAGCAGAGGCAAUAACAAGCACCGAUAAAUUAUCCCCCCCCCCAUCCACUCCAGUUUGGGGGUGACUGUAUUACUGGAGGAGGUGCGGUUACUCCGCCUGGCAGGGGGAGAGGGGGGAAGUUGUUUUCGCCUCUGCAGUUAUUUACAACGUCACCGUUUGGCGCACACCGUCCGCUUGGAGCUGAAGAGACCAAAGUUACAAGGCUGGGAGCGCCCGCGCCUCCGGAGAGUCACGCACAGGCGAAGCUCGGCCACCCCCCGGGGAGCCUGGUGUGGCGUGAACCCGCCUGCAGCUGCUUAUGCAACACAUCAUCGAUAACCACCCGGACAUGGCUACCGCUCUGCUGGCGGGCGAGAAGCUGAAGGAGCUGAUCCUGCCCGGGCAGCAGGACGACAAGGCCGGUUCGCUGGCGGCGCUGCUGUUGCAGCUCAAGCUAGAGCUGCCCUUCGACCGCGUGGUCACCAUCGGCACCGUCCUCAUCCCCAUUCUGCUCGUCACCCUGGUCUUCACCAAGAACUUCGCGGAGGAGCCAAUAUACUGUUACACACCCCACAACUUCACCCGUGACCAAGCCUUGUAUGCCAGAGGAUAUUGUUGGACAGAACUAAUAGAUGCCUUGCCAGGAGUUGAUGCCAGCCAUUGGCCCUCCUUGUUUGAGCAUAAGUUCCUUCCUUAUGCACUGCUGGCUUUUGCUGGCAUAAUGUACAUUCCAGCUCUUGGCUGGGAGUUUCUGGCCUCCACCAGACUGACUUCUGAGCUUAAUUUUUUGCUUCAGGAGAUUGAUAACUGCUACCACCGUGCAGCAGAAGGGCGUGCACCGAAAAUAGAGAAACAAAUACAAUCCAAAGGCCCUGGGAUCACAGAGCGGGAAAAAAGAGAAAUAAUUGAGAAUGCCGAAAAGGAAAAAAGCCCUGAGCAGAAUUUGUUUGAAAAAUACCUGGAAAGAAGAGGGCGAAGUAACUUUUUAGCUAAACUUUAUCUUGCAAGACAUUUAUUUAUCAUAUUUUUAAGCAUUAUACCAAUUACAUAUUUAUCCACCUACUAUGCUACGCAGAAGCAAAAUGAGUUUACGUGUGCACUAGGAGAGCCUCCUGACAAAACGAGCAGCUCCAAAUUACACAUCAGAGUGAACUGCAAGCUGCCAGCUGUCCAGCUGCAACGGAUAAUUGCUGGAGUAGACAUUGUCCUCCUCUGCUUUAUGAACUUGAUCAUUCUCAUCAACUUAGUUCACCUUUUCAUAUUCCGCAAGUCUAAUUUCAUAUUUGAUAAACUGAACAAGGUUGGAAUAAAGACCAAGAAACAGUGGCAAAAGUCUCAGUUUUGUGACAUCAAUAUUUUAGCUAUGUUUUGCAAUGAAAAUCGGGACCAUAUAAAAUCCCUGAACCGCCUGGAUUUUAUAACAAAUGAAAGUGAUCUGAUGUAUGAUAAUGUGGUGCGCCAGUUGCUGGCAGCGCUGGCGCAGUCUAAUCAUGAUGUCACACCAACGAUGCGCGAUUCAGGGAUUCAGACUAUAGACCCCAGUGUCGAUCCAGCAGACAUUGAUGCCAGUGAACAGCUCGUCAUUAAGAGACCUAGGAAGAAGAUGAAAUGGAUCCCAAGUAGCAAUCCACUUCCGCAGCCAUUCAAAGAGCAGUUAGCUAUUAUGAAGGUUGAAAACCACAAACCUGAAAAGCCGAAGCCAGUGCGCAGGAAAACAGCAACUGAUAGCCUUAUUGCUCCUUUGAUAGAGUCCACUUCAAAAACCUCACAGCAAUCAUCAUCUCAUAAAACUGAGUCAAACACCAUCUCCAGCACAGGCAAUGAGAAAAAACAUACACGGCACUUUUCACUGGAUGUUCACCCAUAUAUACUUAGCAGUAAAAAACCCAAGCCAGAGAUUCAAGCCAUUGCUUCAAUGCCUACAUCCAAAAGCCAAGAGGAUGGAUUUUUAAACCAAGAGGAAAAUGUCGUAGUUCAUGUCACCUCUUCUCUCAAAGUCAUCCCACAUCAUGAGAAAGAGAUUCCAUACUCAUCUGAGACAUGCAGAACUGUCCCUGCUGCUGGGACUUACCUCUCCUGCAAUCACAAUCACAUAGCAACAACUACUGCUGCUGCAACAAAUACACCCCUGAGCCACGUCAAACUAGAACCAACAGCUGCACUGAAUCGUAAUCCUACUCACCCUCUGCUGAACGUCAAUACACUGUAUGAAGAUCACGAGGAAGAGGUUUCCAACCUUACAGACAACAGUAUUCAUUCACCAACCGAUGCAGGGGAAAUACUCUCCAUACCUACCCCAAAGCACUUAAUGAUGGCAACAUUUGAAGAACCAAGGGCGAUAGUGAGUUCUGUGGAGUACUAAAGAUAUAGUGCUGCAUGGAUAUAACCUAAUGGUUAGGUCCAGUACCACUGUAAUGGAACCCUCAACAAUGCAAUUCACUGCAUGAGCAUGGAGAGUUUUAAUACAGACCAUAGGCUUUGGUAAUACCACAAAUUGAUUUUUCAGGAUAGCAUCAUCACCACUGUCACUAGUUUGCAAAAUAGAAUAAUAAAAAAAAAUCGGAUGACAGUACACCUUUACCUCCAAGAGCACCCAAGCACAAAAAGUUAGCUGUAGCUUCAUCAAUUAAAUAUGGAUCAAUACAACUUUUGAAACACUGAAAGAGUUUGAUGGCAUGUCACAGUGAUUUUUACAGAGCACUUAUAUCCUUUGUAUUUACAAUGGCUAAUUAAAGCUAAAUAGAUAUUGGUGAGGUGUAUCUUUUAUUUUAAUGGCAGGAGUUAAAUAAGAGUUUAAUAAUAAGGAAAAUAUAUUUUUUCUCCAUAGACUUUAUGAAAAAGACAUAUGCAAGAAACAUUUAUUUUUUUUGUUUCUUUGGCUCACUUGUGCUGGGCUUGAUGGAGGUUUAGGAUAAGGGCUUACUAACACCAGCUUAUAGUGCAAAAAGGAUUGAAAUGCUUCAGUCUGCAUUUGUGAGUGAGAGGUAUGCCCUGCCCUUUAAUCUUAUGUGUGAAUGGAAGAUGAUGAAAUGAAGAGUUUAUUUUCUUAAAUAUAUUUUUCCAUUGAAAAAUUACUUUAAUAGCUUUUCAAAUCAGGUUUUGCUUUUAUCAAAAUAGAGAGAAGAGGGUCAUUCUAGCAGCUUAUUUUUGCAUAGUCUAUUUAUGAACCAAGUUAGAAACUUUCAAAGGUGCUUCACUGAUAUGAAAAAAUCCUGCAAUGGUGAUGCAGUGUAAAACCAGCAAUGUUUUCAAACAGUGCAGAGUUAAAGAGGAUUGUUAGUUUAUGUUUGCAGUCUCUCCUAGACUCUGAUCCAGCAAAGCACUUAAGCACAUGCUUAACUAAGCAUGUGAGUAAUCCCACUGAAGUCACUUGAGAAUAGACACAUGCUUAAAGUUGAGCCCAUGCUUACGUGGCUUUUCUGGAUCUGGGCCAUAAUGUAUACGGACAAUAAUCCUGCAGCAUGUGCUGUCAUUCCGGUUCAAAGUUUGUCUUCCUUGGCCCAAAGUACAUCCUAAUGCCCAUUCAUCCUAUAACUUGGAUAUGUGAGAUUUUAUGAGAAAAUUCUAAUAGAAGGAAAAAAUCUACUAAAAAUGUAUCAUGCAAUAACCAUUCUCCUCAAAAGUCUAGUCUGACAAGAAAAGACUAUAUUAAAACGAUAUUCACAGUGUAUUCAAAAUUAUGAACUACUGUUUGCUUCAAAAUUCUGUAUGGUGAUAGAAAAAAUAUAGAGAGCACAAGUAUGGGACUGAAAUCUUAAAGAUAUUUUUUAAUUUAUAUUACCUCAAACAUGGAUAUAUGAUACCAGUAUUUAAUGAA